GUAAACAAAUAAAUGUAUUUUUACUGGCAACCGUGAUUUCGAUCUUACGGUGUGACCAUUUUAUGCAUACGGCACUUGUACACUUCGGUAUGCAAAAUACCAGAGUUUCACGAAAUGAGUAGUUUUGGUAUUUUUGAAAUUCAUCUUGCGGUCACAUGUCAAACUUAUAGUAAACAUUCAAUUUUCGACUUGAUUUUUAAGAAAACAGUAAAAGAAUGUCGGAGCGCAAAGUAUUAAAUAAAUACUAUCCACCGGACUUCGAUCCAUCGAAGAUUCCGCGUAUGAAGUUGGCCAAAAAUCGCCAGUACACUGUGAGAUUAAUGGCUCCAUUUAACAUGAGGUGCAAAACAUGCGGCGAAUACAUUUACAAGGGCAAAAAGUUCAAUGCACGUAAGGAGGAUGUGGAAAACGAAACAUACUUGGGUAUUCGCAUUUAUAGAUUUUAUAUAAAAUGUACCCGAUGCCUGCAGGAGAUCUCUUUCAAAACAGACCCGCAGAAUACAGACUAUGAGAUUGAAGCGGGAGCAACACGUAACUUUAUGGCUCUUAAGCUGGCAGAGGAACAAGCUCGUCGUGAGGAGAGGGAAGCUCGCGAAGAGGAGGCAAACAAUCCAAUGAAAUUGCUUGAGAAUCGUACGCAACAGUCUCGCAAUGAAAUUGAAAUGCUAGAAAGUCUCGAGGAGCUCCGUGACCUCAAUAGGCGUCAGCAAACUGUUGACUACAGCACCAUGUUGGAACAAUAUAAUCCAGCGGAAACAGAACGUGAACGUUUAGAUCGCGAGGAACGUGAAGACGAAGCCUUUGUUAAAUCUGUCAACUUUAAGAGUAAAACAGAGGGUAGCACUCGUAUUGUUACGGAGGAAAUAAUUGAGGAAGUCAAGGAAGAGGACAUAAACCCACCAGCAGCUAAAGUCGCUAAACUAACAUCUCUGUCAGCAGGCAACAGUAAUUCUUCUACAGCACCCCCGAUUGUGAAACGCAAAACACCUUUGGUGCUAGUAAGGCCCAAAGCUGCUCCAGCGCCUAGUUCAUCAGCCAGCACCUCCUCUGUUGCUGCUGCAACACCCACUUUAGGUGCUACCUCUAAGCCAGCAGGCCUUUCUCUCCUAGCUGCUUAUAGCGAUAGUUCUGAGGAUUCCAAUUGACCUAAGUACAUAAAUCAUAUGUUUACUGUUUAUACUGGAUUGUACGAAAUAAAUUCACGUUUUGUAUUUAAAUACGUCUACAUAAUUCUUUAAUUAAAAUGGGAAUCUCAAAACUCAGCUGGCCAACUUUUCUUAAUCAUAUUCCUGUAUAUUUUCAUGCACAGUUUGUUUAUAUUUUGAAUUUUUAUUAUUUUUUGUUGACUUCAUUAUUCUUUCAACUUAUUUUACCUUACGUAGCUAAUUUUCAAUAUUUAGUCAAGGCCAUAAGCAUAAGGCAAAUUAAUUUACAUAUUCAUUUAUAUGUAUGCACAUUACAUUUUGAAUAGAGGAAUCAUGAAAAUCAAACAUACAUAAAUGUGCACAUAAUUGCUGCAAGAUCUUCAUUCAUUUACAAUUAAUUCACUCUUAGCAAUUCAUAGCCGAUUUCGGGCAAUAUAGAACUUAAAAUUUAUAAUUAGAAUCAAACAGAUGCUAUACUUAUAUACAGCUGCGUAUUGUGUUUGAAUUAUAGUAAUAAUAAUAAUGCUUACAACUGGAAAAGCAAUUGAAAAUAAUAAAUAAUAUCACAAGCGAAAUAAACCAUUAGAAAAGAUUAAAUAUAUAUAUAUAUGCCUAUAUAGCUAUAAGCAUAAGUUUUUCAUGAAAUUAAUUAUUAAUCCAUUAAAUUUCAUAAAUUACGAAGACACUGGUAUGUUUCAGCUGCCACAUGGGUUAGCCAAUAUAUAUAUAUUCCUUCACGGGUGUAUAUCUUAUUGUAUAUUAAUAAUAUAUAUGUAAGUAUUUAUAUUUAUAUAUAAUAUAAAAUAUCCUAGAUAAGGCCGCCUUCUGGGCAUUCUGUCGAGGCAAGCUUCGUCACAUUCAUUAUACAUUAAUUUUUGCAUAUUACGAGUAACAGUCUUUGUUCGUUUGUUGUAUUUUCAUCAUUUUUUUAGUUUUUUGGGUGUCGGGUGGUUUUUUUCUAUUUGGGGGGCGCGAGAGGGUUAGCCUCACCAGUUUAUUUGUUUGGUGUGUGCAUUUUAAUUUGGUACAUGUUUUGUAGUGUGUUUUGCUUUGGUUUAUCCUCCUUAAAUGUCCACAGUGGUGGCCUGUUUGUAUUCAACGCCAGAACUGUUUAGCUGUGCGCUGCAUUUGCGCGGCAGCACUGGCGGUGCUGAAGCACCAGCAGUUGGGCCAUGCCCAUGCACAUUCGCACCCAAUCCUAAACCCAUGUCCACGCCCC